AUGCCUGAAAGCGACUUUGUCUCGGUGAUCCCCGCGCAACUCUCCUUCCUUGCGAUCUAUAACCCCCUCCUCGGACCGACAGACGAGACACUAAACGAUCAGAUUGUCUUCUAUACAUCGAGAUCGAGCCGUUUGCGACGGACUGAAAGUGCUGCUAGGGAGGAUGAUAAUGAAAAUUCCAAGGAUGAAUCGAACGGCAGGUUGCGCCAGAUAGGUCUGGCGCAGGGCAUGGUGGGCUUCGCGAAGAGUUUUUCGGAUGGAAAAGCACUGGAAUACGUCGAGACAGAGAAGUCUCGGGUUGUCCUCCAUGAAUUGGAGCAAAAUUGGUGGAUAUUGGUUUCCGUCGACCUGACACGAAUUCCGUCUGGUUCCCAUAGCGGAACACCGUCGCAGCAUGAUGCCAACGAGUCGCCCUCAUUCGUUUAUUCUUCUCGAGAGCUAUGUCCCCCACAUCUUAUGAUCCAGCAACUCCGUCGCACGCAUGCCUUGUUCCUGCUCCACCAUGACUUUACGCUCGACACCCUUUACGAACGUGUUGGCAGGUCCACACUAUGUGCUCUUCUUGAGCGUUUAUGGGGGAAGUUUGCAUGGAACUGGGAGGCUCUUCUGAACGGGAAUCCUGCCGUGGACAUAUAUGACGGGAUAAAACUCUCUGUAGGAGGUGAACUUGGAAUCGGUGUCGGAGAAGAGGAAUGGGGAAGCGGAGAAAGAGAAGUACUUGAAGACUUUGUCUCUCGGACUGAUGGGCUUGUGGAUCUGGUCGUCUCGAGAUUUGGUGAUCCACCCACGCAGGUCGCAGCCGGAGAUAAUCCUCCAUGGCUUGGCUUUGGGGCAUAUCCUCGGUCAUCAGAUGGGGUCAUCUUCUCGGGUGUGGGAGGUAUAUCGAGGCUGUCUGUGGCGCGAAUAUCCCAAUGGAUGGGAUGGAUUUACAGAUAUGGUGAUAGCGCAUAUGGAGUGGGUGAAGACCCAACCUCGCCGCGUCGUCGAAAGCCGCGCAGAAAACGUGGAAGGCUACACUCGAAGGGCGCCAGUAUAUCCUCCAACGCUAGAAGCCCAUCCGAAACUCUGAAUCCAGAUCGAAGCUUCUCUCCCGGAAUACCCCGUCCUCUUGUGGUAGGAACACCUCCUCCAGAAGGGCGCGCCAACCCUCAGAUGAUCAGGGACAACUCACCUGCGAGAAGCGAGCAACAAGAGGGUGACUGGUCGAGUUUGAAACCUGAGACAUUUAUGAAAUAUCUUACUUUGGGGUACGGGACGUCGUGGUUUUCGUCGAACCCACAUCCUUCGGUCUCUGCAUCGAAACAUAAUGACGGCCCGUCAAACGCGGGGCGUGAAGAAACUAAACAAGAUGCUGAAGAAGAAACCCAAAGGAAACCUAAAGUGCAAGACUUGGGAAGAUUCAUUGUUGGUUUGCGUGAGGAAGAGGACCCAUCUGGUCAUUCUCCAGAAAGCCAUACGGAAGGCAACUCAAAGGGACGAAUAGAACCUCGAAUCAUUCACGUCCAUUUGGCAGGGCCAGAGCAGGAGCAGAAAGGACUUCAAGCAGUGGUUUACUUGCACCAACCAUUCAUCUUCACAUUCCUCUUCGAUCCCGAAACGCCUUCUCUCUCGAACCAUGCCCUCUACGACAGCAUCCGUCACCAAUUAUACCCUCUCCACAAACAACUCUCAAAUUCCACCUCCCCCACAACAGCAGAAACCCGGAUAUCCGUAUCCGAAAACGAAUCAGCCGCAAACCAACAACAACCAGUCUACGACCUCGUCUACGACCCCUCAAACCUAACCAUCCGCUCCUCCAUCCCUAACAUCCCAGACCUAGCCGCAUACGCCGCAUCUCACCCGAACAAUAGACCCUGGUCCCGCCUAGAAUCCAUCAAUAUCCACCACCAGCUACUGAGCACGUACCUCGACACCCGCGCACGACCCCUAGAAAUCGAACGAACAUGCAAAUCUAGUCACGGCUGGUGGAUCGUGUGGGUGCGAAUGUUCCCCACUGAAACCCCAGAACCUAUUAACGACCCUACGACGCCUACUUCCACCACUGCCACCACUCCUACACCACCCAGUGAUACAGCUCAAGAGGCAUUCCUCGUCCGCAAAGCCAGCGACGCACAAGCAGCAAAUCACACCCGCGGCGUGAGUAUGAACAGUGGAGGCGGCGGGUCGACGAGUUUCUUCCGCGAUCUAGGCGGUGCGCCUUCGUCGUUCUCGUUACCGUCACUGACUGGUAGUGGAAUGCAGGCGGAUAUCAUGGGUCCGGCUAAAUUGGUGGAGGGGCUGGGAAUGGACGCUAGACGGUAUAUUGAGAAACUGUUGAGUUUGAAUCGGUAG